AUGGCUGUUCGCCACGACUGCAAUUCUUCGGAAUGCGGCCCGAACGAAGACAGAGUGAAAGGUCAUGCCCGGCGAGACAGGUUCUGCCGGCCCCACGUGACGCCUCGUGACGUACUCACGAGACGCCGUAGUUGCGUCUGCAAACGGGGUUACGUCCGCAACUCCUGGGACGAGUGCGUCACCGUGAGACAGUGCACCAAGUGCAAGUGCCGACCGCAGAAGGACUGGAACCUCUGUGCGUCCGGCUGCCCUCCGCGCUGCAACCAACCCAUUGCCCAAACCUGCCGCACGAACUGCAGUCCCGGGUGUGACUGCCCUCCUGGCUGGGUGCUAGACUCAAAGGACAGGACAAGGUGCGUCAAGGUCCAAAGAUGCUCGCCACAAUGUCCUGCUCAUUCGAAAUACCAGCAGUGCACGUCCAGCUGCGCGCCCAGUUGCGUCAAUAGUGUGGCCGGCAGAAAUUGCAUCACCCGCUGCUACACUGGCAGCUGCGUGUGCCAGGAGGGCUACUACGAAUUCUUGCAAAACGGCGCUAAAACUUGCCUGACUAAAGAUGAGUGCUCCCGAUUCAUUAGGCCGGAAACGACGAUAACCGGAAGAAACGAGAUCGAGUAUACAGGUGGUGGCGUCCGUGCACCUACCGUCCUGUUCCCCCCAGAUAGACCUGGAAUCUCUGGACAUACAUCUACCGGUAUUAGUAGAACGACCGGUUGUCAAACCACAGCUGGCGGUACGGGAUGCCACCUGCCAACGAUUUACCUGAGAUUGCGUCAGGGUAGCGCGGGUAACCGUUUGGAACUUGAAGGGAUAGCGCGAGAACGUACAACUGUAACUGGCACAACGUCCAAUCGCCCUCCCGCUGUUUUGAUUGAAACUCUGGGCACACCUUCAGUGAACACCGGAGGGCACGGCUCAGAGGUUCUUGUAAGACGUCAAGAGGGUGCAGCCACAAUCGUCUCUACGACGCCUUCCUUACCCAGUCUAUUAAGGUACCCUCAAGAUACAGCGCGACCUGGUAGCCUGGGUUUGCACACUGCCGGAACACGGCUGGAGAGUGCAACAGCAAUUACCGCCACGGCAUCUCCUUCGUCGAGUAUAUUGCCACUUCCGCAGCUUCCGCCGUCUGUUGGUGGUGAAACAGUAACGUUGGGCGUUCCUGGUCCCCGUCACGACGGUACGUACUUGCCCGGUCGCAUCGGCUAUGGUCUGAACGUUGCCGGAACACGUCCGGGUGGAGAAGCCGCAAUUACAGCCAUGGCACCUCCUUCACUUGGUGUGUCGUCAUACCCCCUGCUUGCGCCACCCCUUGGCAGCGAACCCGGUCGCUUAGGUGUCACGGUUUCAAACCAGCGUGGCCCACCAACACUUCCAACUGCAGUUGGCAUCGUAGGGCGCGGACUAAGUCGCCCAUUGUUCGACGAGGACCUAGAUGUCGGGGAGGAAGAACCGCUGCCAGAAACCUUAAAGAUUCCACCUCACAUGCAGCCUAUUCCUCCCACCCUGUAACUUUCGCACAAGACGCAAUAAAUAUCUGCCACGAACAAUAUCAAAAUAUGUAGCCAAAGCUUGAAGUUCUGAAGGCUAGAAAAAUUGCAGAAAAGUGACUCCUUAAAUAUUGUUCUGCCAUAAUUUAUAAACUUGAGCAGAUUAAUCAAGGCGACCAUGAAAAUUUUCCAUGUUAAUGAGUGUCGAAUUUUCCCAGACAUGUUGUGAAUAAUGAUGGUUAAUCAGAGCUUUUAUGUAAGCGAUAAGCCCCAUGCAGGUCAGUGGAGCGCACGGUUUAGGAGCUUCUUGGUCCUCAGAAACAAACUGUGAAAAAAAAUUGGCCGCAUAUCUGCUUGCUUCGCUGCAAAUGACGUAGAAAUACGAUAGACUUCUGCCACCUCUGACACGUAACACCGUCUGUUCUCCUCCCUCCCACCCCUCACGUUCUUCCCCUCCCCUCUCACUCCUCCUAUGAUGGAUGCAAUGGAGGUUUUGCUGAAUUCAAUUCAAAUUUCUUGAGUUUGCCCUGUUCUUGCGCCAUCUGUUGGGACCUUUAUUACUGUUGGCUUAAAGCCGGCUACAGAGCGGCGGCUUCAGUCGGUUUGUUUUUAACGCGUAGCGUCUCUUCGAUACCAUUUAUAACGCGUUUAUUUUUCAUUUACUAACAUAAAAAACAUUUUUCAUUUACUAACAUAAAAAACAGUCCAAUGUGUAUUCGUAAAUAAAUGAAGGCUGCGGA